AUGUGGUUAUCAGCAGAAGAAGCGACAGUAUUAGACAAUGCGUUGAUUACUAUGGAACAUUUAUAUAAAAAUGGAAUGGUUGAUAUUCAUUUACGACAUUUAACAAGACAACAGUCCUAUUAUGAGAUCAGUUACUCAAUAGAUCGUGUUCAAGCUGAUAUGGAACAAUUAAGAAAUGAAAACGACAAUGAGGACAAUGAUGGCAUUGCAGCGAAAAAGAUUGAAUUUCAUCUAUCUAUGUCGGAUAUUGACGAUCAUAAACGACAACUGACAUUCUGUAAUGUUGAUGGUCAACAAUAUUUAAUUUAUAAAAAAGCUUUAAUUGAUGAACAAUUGAAAAUAUUAGAAAGAAUUGAAAAUAUCUAUCGUAUGUUUAAUAAAUUAGAAUUAGUCGGCCAUCCAGAUUAUCAGUUACGAGAUGAACAUUAUGAUAUAUAUCUUCAAGAAGUCCAAGUUGGAUCGAUGUUCACUAAUUUACGAAAUCAUCCGAAUGCUCAACUGGAAAAUGCUGUGCAGCUUCGAAUUCAAAGUUUGGAAUUAACAUACAAUACUUUGAAAAUUACGCAUACCAUAUGGAUAGAAAAUCUAAAGAAAUAUCGUCAGGAAUGUUCACUAUUAGAAUUAUUUUCUAAUCGUGAAAUUAUGAUUUUUAUUAUUUUACUUCGACAAUCGGAUGAACCACAUUCUAUUCGAAAUAAAUUUUUAAAAAAAUUAUUCGAAUUCAGAGAUUUCAAUAAUCAAAAUGAAGAAGAACAAAGAUUGAGUAUAGUUUUUCUUGAACAUUAUCUUCGUUCAUUAAGAAUUCCACAACUAAAUUUAUCAUCAGAUCAUCUUCGGGAACUUUGUCGAAUUUAUAGAAUCGAAGUAGGAUUAAAUCCCGAUGCAUGUUUAAAAAAACUAGCAGGAUUUCUUCAAAAAGUAUUCGAAGAGAAUAAUCCAUGCUUGAAACGAGAACAAAUGCCUGGUGAAAAUGAACAAUAUCUUAUUAGUAUGAAUCGUCAUUCACCCACUAUAAAUCAAACAUCCUGUGUACAAGAUUUUGAUCUCGAUACUUGUUGUAUCCUUAUAAAUAUCUUUCAAAAUCAAUUACCAGCUUCCUAUCAAAUUCUUUGGUGUUCGAAUACUACAGAACAAGAUAUUCAGUUAUUUUUUUCUCGUAUACGAACAUUUACUUCUCUUACUUUUGUUAUAAUGGAUAUUGAUAAAAUGCAUCAUCGUCUUCGAGAAUUACUAUUAAUGGAACAAGAUUCAUUAACGCGUGAAAAAUAUAAACAUGCUCGAGUCUUUUAUUUUUCGCGCGAUUUAACAACAGGUCGAAAAGGUCUACGCCAAUUUGAGAUACCAGAUAAAUACAAAGAUGUUAAUCAAAGUUAUCAACAUCUACUGAAUCUAUUCAAAGAAUAUAAUUGCGUACCACCAGAAAUCAAAGUAAUUUAUGGUAAAGCAGGCAUUGGUAAAACACAUCGUAUCAACAGAGAAUAUAAAACUGAUAAUACAUCAUGCUUUAGUAUAAAUGAUAAAUUAAAUCUUUCAUUAUUAAUUAAUUCAUUUCUAUCACUAAAUUUGAAUGUAAUUAACAAUGAUCCAUCGAUUUUUUUCAAUAUAUCUGUUCAAGCACCAUUUGAAAGUUUAAAUCGAAUAUUAUUUUCUCUUUUUAUAUGUGGAUGUUUAAAUGAUUCAAACAGCGGUCUAGUAUUUUGUUUACCACAUACUCAUACAUGGAAAUUUAUUAUUGAAGUUCCUUAUUCAGAUCAUUGUGAAGUUAGUCUCAUGGAAAAUUACAAGAAAAUUUUACCGAUUCUUUCUAUUAUAUGUCCAUCAACAUUAGAAGAAGUCACGGAUGAAAAUUAUAAACUAUCUAUUAAUGCAGAAGAAGAACUUGUAGCUCGAUUUUUAAAAGCAUUUGAAGACAAAACAAUCAAUCGUAUAGCAGAAAUAACAACUACUGGUCAAGAUAUACCUAUAAGUUUCGAACCUAUAACUGAUACUGAUGAAUGCCGUACAUAUAUAUAUAAGUGUAUUCGAAAAUAUGCUCCAAAUAUUCCAAAAAAUAAAAUCUAUGAGCUUUCAAUUGUAAAAUUUUUAUAUCGUCGUGUACAAUUCUUCGGAGGACAGUAUUAUUGUUGGAAUCAACAUAUUCAACAAUUAGGUACUAUUGCUAUGCAACAAAUGAUAAUUGAAGCUAUAUCUUUAUCAAAUAUUAGUUUUCAAAAUAAUAAUUAUCCUCGUGUUUAUCUUGUUUAUGAUCCUGGAUUUUCUCUACAUUUAUUACAUACCGAUUGGAAUUCUGUUCCAAGUGAUUUAAAAAGUCUUUUUAAGAAUCGUGAUCCAAUAAAAUCUGAAGAAUUUCAAAAUAAAGAUUAUUUUGCUGAAUGUUUAGCAUGGUUAAUUGAUAUUAAAUAUGAAACAUUUAUGAAAAUUAUUGAUGAAACAAAAUUUAUUCUAACAGAAAAUUUUGCUUAUAAACUUUUUCAUGUUCAUGAACGAAAAUUAACAAAAUUAGCUUUAAUUAUUGAAGGUGAUACCGGUGUAGGAAAAACAUUUCUUUUGAAAUUCUAUUCGCUCUUAUUAAAUUCAAAAAAUACAAAUGAUCCUCUUCAAGGAAACAUCUAUCCAAGAAUUCUAGAAAAUUCUCAUCGUUUUCUACUAGAUAUUAUUAAAAAAAAUGUGGAGUCACAACCAAAUAUAUUAGCUGCUUUUCUUCGACAUAUUCAACCAAAAAUUUUAGAUCCUGAAAACGAUGAAGAAACUGAAGCUGAAAUUCUUAAUCAACGACGAAUGUUAUUACCAAUAUUACCAGCUGCACCAGCACAACAACAAAAUGAUGGACCAACUGAUGACAUACUACUGAAAGAUAUAAAACAGUCUUUAGAACAACAUCGAUUUAAUAAAAAUAUUUUAUUUCAUAUUUGGAGAACGACUAUGAGUGUUUCAAAUGAAAAUCCUACAAUAUUACACGGUGAUCUAAUUAAGAGUUUAUAUGAUUAUGUUACCAAUGAAUUAGUCAAUUAUCCAUUGAUUAAAAGUAGCUGUCGACUAGAAGAAUUACUUCAAAAUUCUGUUUCAUCUAGUGUUGAAACAUCCAUUGAGAUAUUCAAAGAAUAUUUAUUUUAUAGUCAAACGAAACCAUUAUUCUAUCGUCUUCUUUUACAUCCUGGUGUUAGUGAAGAACAAUUAAUUGAAUUUAUGACUCCAAUAUCUCAAUUAGCUCGUGAAGUACCUCAAAUAGAAAUUGUCGUUUUCUUUGAUGAAGUUAAUACAGCUUCGUGUCUUGGUUUAUUCAAAGAGAUGUUUACGGAUGGAACGUUACGUGGUAAAAGUAUUCCGAAAAAUAUAUUCUUUACAGCUGCUAUUAAUCCAUAUAUAAAAAUCUCAGAGAAAACUCAACAAGUUCAUCGUACUGAUUAUAUUGUUCAUGAGUUACCACAAUCAUUAAAUUAUUUAAAAGUUUCCUACGGAGCUUUAGAAUCUAAAACAUUAGCUGAUUAUAUUUUUCGAAAAAUAGCCAUGUUUCAAGUUAAUUCAACAACAAAUAGUGAGAAAACAAUGCCAUUAGAUCUUUACGUUCAAGAAACAUUAGCUGAUUCAAUUUUAAAAGCACAAGAAUUUUGUGAAUAUUAUCUAGGACAUAACUCUGUCUCACAAAGAGAAAUUCAACGAUGUUUUAAUUUAAUUAAUUUCUUUUGGGCUCUACGAUAUGAUGAUGAAUUUAAGUUCGAUCAAAAAACUUAUACACCCAAUCCAAUUCGAUGUAUUGCUUUAUCACUUGCUUUAACCUAUUAUUUUCGACUUCCUACAAAAGAAGAUAAUUUACAACGUAAUGAUGACAAAUCACCUUCACGAGAACAAUUAGCUGAACUUCUCUCGGAAUGUAUAGCUGAUUUUCAGAGUAUUGUUCAGCACGAACUUGAAAAAUUCGUAAAUACCAAUAAUUUUGUUAUUCCACAAGGAGUAGCAAUAAAUCAAGCUGUCCGUGAACAUAUUUUUUCUAUCGUCGUCAGUAUUGUCACACGAACAGCACUGUGUAUUAUUGGUGUUCCUGGUCAAUCUAAAACAUUAUCUUUUCAAAUUGUUCUUCAAAAUUUACAAGGUACACAAUUAUCGGCAAAACCAUUUUGUAAACGUCUUCCUGCUGUUGAUCCAUUUUUUUGUCUUGGAUCAAAAUAUAGUUGUUCAGAAGAUAUUGCUUCUGUAUUUGUUCGUGCUAUCAAACGUGAACAACAAUAUGAACAAAAUCAUAUGAAUACACGAUGUGUCGUUUUUUUGGAUGAAGCCUCGUUACCCGAUGAAAAGAAAAUGGUUUUAAAAGUUUUACAUCCGUAUUUAGACGAAUGUAAAGUAGCAUUUGUUGCUGUUGCUAAUAAAGCAUUUGAUGCAGCUAAUGCCAAUCGAAUGAUUUGUAUUUAUCGUUCAUUGCCAUCUGCAGAAGAUCAAAAAGUCUUAGCCUACGGUUGUUUGGGUUUACAACUCGAACAAGGGCAAUCAACUACAGAUAAUUCUCUCGAUAAAAUUAUCUAUGGUUUAUGUCACGGUUAUCGACAGGUUCUUCGUUCAUCCGAUAUACCUCAUAUAUUUCAUGAUCGUGAUUUUAUAUAUAUGCUAAGAGAAUUAAGAUUUGAAUUGAUGAAUUUAAAUGAAACUGAAGAAGCCAAUAUUAGAGAAAUAACACCAUUAAGUUUAUUAAGAGCGUUAGAAGAUAAUUUCAAUGGAGUUCGAGUUGAAGAAUUCGACAGACUAGUCGAUAUUUUUGCUACAGUUGUGGGAGAAAAAUGUUAUGAAUUUCGAUCAUUAAUCGAUGAAAAACAACAAUGUCGACGAAAUAUUCCAACAAUUUUACGUAAUUCAAUGAAAUUAGCUUCAGCACGUCGCCGUCUUUAUGGUAGAUAUAAAUUAAUAAUCGAUGAAUCCAAUGAUGAAAGUGCCGUUCGUCUUCUCUUUCAAUGUGGUAUUCUGAAUAGUGAUCCAAAUCAAACAACAGUUUUUCGAAUGUCUGAUUUUCCUGAUGAUAUCGAUAAUGACUUAAGACAUGUUGAAAUUUUGUCGAAUAUUAAAUUAUGUAUGGAAACAGGCAAAACUAUUCUAAUGAUUAAUACUGGUCGUAUUCAUGGUGCACUUUAUGAUGUUUUUAAUCAAAAUUUUUCGAUAAUGGCUAAUGAAGAAAGUAGAAAAACUUUUUCUAAGGUAGCCAUUGGUCCAAAAACAGUUGAUGUCGUUGUACAUGAAGAUUUUCAAUGUAUUGUUCAUAUAAAACGAAGUGAAUUUAAAGAUAUUCCAGCACCCUUUCUCAGUCGUUUUCAAAAAUAUUCUUUUAGUAUAUCCGAUUUUUAUUUAAUUCAACUGCGAGAACUUUCUAGUGAAGAACAAAAACUCAUGAGAGAUAUCGAAAUGAAAACUAGAUCGUUUAUUGAUCACUUUGGAAAAGAAUAUUUUUAUGGAUUUAAUAAUGAUACAUUAUAUUCAUGUCUUUUAUCAUUAAUUAAACGAAAUGUUCAAGAUGAACUUUAUUUAUCAAAUAUUCAUGAAAAUUACAAUCAAUUAACUAUUCAGUCAAAAGCAUUUAUUGAACAAGAUAUAAAUAAUAAAAAACAAUGUUUUCUUUUUUAUAUUAUAUCAAAACUACUACAAUUAGCAUCACCCGAAUCAAUGAUCUUUAAAUUACCUACAUUUGACGAAAGUACAUCUCGUUUAUUAUGCCAAAAUUAUUUUUAUCAACAAGAACACUUUAAUAUAGAAAAUUUCCUUGAUCGAUUAAUAUCGACUAGCACAUCAGUUAUUAAUGAUAAUGAAUUAAAUAUGAACGAAAAUAUUGAACAAAAACUCAGUAAUAUCAAUAUUACAAAAAAAUUAAUGAUAUUUACUCGAACAUCAUCAUCUAUAAUGAGUUUAAAUAAACAAACAAAAAAUGAUUUGUUUCGUAAAAAUGAUGAAUAUGAUGGGAUGGAACAUGUUGGCGACAAAGUCAAUAUUGUUAAUCUUGCAACAAUUGAAAAUUCCAUUGAGUUAAAUGACCAAUUUCGAAUGUUCGAAAAAGUCAAGGAAAAAUCAAUUCUUAUUAUUGUUGUUGAUGGUCGUAUUAAUCAACAACGUAUACAUAUUCCAUAUAUUCGACAAUUAAUUGAUACAACCGAUCUUAUUUGUAAUUUUUCUCUUGAAAAUCCAUCGAAAUAUUUCAUUAUUCUAAUGCAUUCAUAUGGACAAGAACUUAAUUGUAAAUCAUCCUUUCCUUCAAUAUUCUUGCAUGAUUGGGACUAUUGGUUUCUUGAUACAACAGCACUGGGUAAAGGAUUUCAUUUACAAAAAAUGUUGCAAAUUUUCACAUCCAAAAUUGGAAUAAAUGAUCAAAAAGAAAUCUUAGAUAAUGCUUUUUAUGAUUUAAAUACUCUUUUUGAUGAGUGUCUCGCUGAGUUUUGUUCUCGUUUACAAAUUAAUUUUCUGAAAUUGUCUUGUGAUAUGUUUAAUGAUCAAAAUGCUUAUGAAUUCUAUCAACGUGAAACUUCAACAUAUCGACGUGUACAAUGUCUAAAAAAUAUAUUUCAACAACUUAAUGAAUUACAACAACGUAUCAUAAUAAGUUAUCAUGAAAAUGUUUCAAUGACACAAGAUUCAUUACAAAAAAAUGGUAAUUUGAUUUAUGAACUUUCGAAAGAUACAUUAUGUGGCAAGCUUUUAAACGGUUUAGUGGAUUCUUUACAUUCACACAUAAGAAUAUCCUUUGGAAAUUUUACUUCAUUUAUUUUGAAACAUGUUGUUGAUGAUUAUGGCUUAGAAUCAUUAACUAAACUAUCGAAUAACAAUGAUGAUUAUAGUAAAUUACUUGAAUUAAUCGAUUAUUCAUCAUUUUCUGUCAAUAAUCAAAAUCAAAAUGAUCAUAAGAUGCAGAAAAUAUUAAUAUUGUAUGAUCGUUAUUCCUACGUUCCACAAACUCCACUCUUUUAUUUAUUUCAACAGCGUCUCAAGAAUUUAGCAGAUGAAAUCAAAUCUAAAUUGGCAGAUCAACAAAAUCAACUAAACGGUUUGACAGGUUUUUUUCUUUUUAACAUUUGAAACAAAUCUAAGCAAAAAUUAGUCCUUAACCAUUUACGAUUAUUGAAAUGAAAUCACCUGAAGCACAUUUUUCUUAAAUAUCUUCAUUAGAACAUAUAAAAAGAUAUUUCCUAGAACGUUCUCAUUCAGAGAUUUUUGUAUCGAACUGAUAUCUACGCAGCAAAAAUUGAUGUUGCAUGUGAAACGAAAGACUGAUUCGUAUAUCAUACAGAACUUUAAGAAGGUUUCCAAUUUUACAUUGAAUGUGAAAUCUUUCUUAAGUUUUAUUUCAUAAUGUCGAAAACUUCUUAAAAUUUUGCACCUAUCUUAGGUUUUUAUGAAACCAUGAAAAUUGUUUCAAUUUCGUUACAAAAACAGUUUCGUAUGACAACUAAUUCUUUUCCAGUUUAAAAAUUAUAUAUUGUAAGCCGGAGAAAAAGAAACAAAAUAAUUCGAAAAACUUCGAAUUUAAAAAUGAUAAGUUAAUUUAUAAUUUCAAUCUUUGAUGUAUAGUUUUCAAAAAUUGUAAACAUUUAAAUAGUUGAUUUUUUCGAUUAUCAUGAUAAUUGACAAUAUGAGAUUACUAGCAUCCUUGAUAUCAAUGUAGAAAACUGGGAAAAUAAUGAAACUUUUUACCAAAACUUGAUUGCUUAAUUGAGAGAACUAGUCAUGAAUCUUUUCUUCAUAAAAACGAAAUAUCGAAAAUAAUUACUAUUAAUUCUUUUUCGAUUACAAACUGUCAAUAAGGAAGUAGACUAUCUUUUACUCAGAUAAAUUUGUAAAGUGUUUUGAACUUCAACUUAUCAGUAAAAAUUGAUUGAUAGCCAUACUAACCAUCUUUUACUUAUCGUUCAAUAUAUCAUUAAUUAGGAAAUAUCUAAAAGACAUCUAGUUAAAGUAGUUAUGUUGCAAAAAAUAAAGGAAUGCGCUCGUCUACUUGAAUACGUAGAAAUGAAAAUUCUGUAAGAAUUGCUUUGAGAGAUACUUAGAAUAUGAUUUUUCUUCUAAAUCCUAGCCUUAUUAUGCCAUUUUUAAUUCAUGGAGCUAACGUAGAUUUGUGCACAAAACUUUCUUCAAUGUUUGAAAAGUGAUACAUUCCGUCUCUGACUGAUUAAAAUUUAUUGCAUGAAUCCUAAUCUAGCUUAUGUUAAUCAACAUAAAUCUAUAAGUAACAUAUUUAAAUCGUAGAUUUCAGACUACAAUACUUUUCAACUUUUCUUUGACGAAAUAUGAAUUUUCAGAGCUACACAUUUUUUUUUCUUUAUGAUAUUAAGAAUGUUUUGCAAACAAAUGUCAUCAGAAAGAUGAAAGCCUUUAAUUUUAUUCACAAUUCUUUAUCAGACGGGCAUUACUCCUCAAAACUCAUUUUAAGAGACACUCUGCAACUGGAAGGCAAUCCUUGUUCAACUUCAGAAAUCCUUAUUUCAUAAAUUGUUAAGAGAGGGUCCGCGAGAGGACCUAUCAAUUUUACGUGGAGCCGG